AAAGCUUAUUUUGAAAGAACAAAACUAUUCUGCAUUUCAGAACCAAGGCGGAAGUUUGGAAGACAAAUUAAAACUCUAUUAUCAAAUGAUUUGUCCAUCUGAAAUGCGAGUUUUAUUCAUUAAAUCGUGUGAUAAAUUUAAUUGAUAAAGCUACUUGAUGCCUUGGUUUAAUUAAUUACAGUGCUAAGACCAGUGAUUUACUAAAAAUUGAUAAAUUUAUAGCUCGUGAAUAGUUCGGGUGAAUCAUCUGAGGUGAAUCUCAUCAGUUGAUCAGUUCAUUACCAAAGAUGGAAAAAAGUAUACUUUUCUUAUUGGCAUAUCCACUUCUUGCCGGAUUAAUUCCUCUUGCCAUAAAAACGUUCUUCUUGGCCGAAGAGAAACUAUCCAAAACAUUUAACAAUGACUAUUGGGAAAAAUCGUACGACUAUAUAAUAGUUGGGGCAUCAGCUGCAGGAUGUGUACUGGCUAAUCGCUUAUCAGAGGACCCAAACAAAAAGGUUUUGCUGCUCGAAGCCGGUGGACCAACUCCUAGUUUAAGUGAGAUUCCAGCUUUGUCAAACAUCUUUCAAGGGUCGGUUUACUCAUGGAAUUUCAAAACGGUCCAACAGGAGAAAUCUUGUUUCAGUAUGCAUGAUCGAAGAUGCCGAUUUAUUCGUGGAAAAGGCCUGGGAGGAACUACUAUGUUUGAUUCUAUGAUUUACUUAAGAGGUCAUCCCGAUGAAUACAACUCUUGGAGCACGCUAGGGUUACGUGAAUGGCGUUGGGAGAAAAAUUUUCCAUAUUUCAUCAAAGUAGAACAAAAGAGAGAUGCUAAUUUGUAUGACACUAAUCGAAAUUAUGGGACUAAUGGAUACCUUCCUGUAAAUUUGGAUCCUUUCGAAAACAUUGUUACUAAAUCAAUUAGAACUGCUGCUGCAGAAUUGGGUUUGCCCUAUGGUGAUCCAAAUGCUGUGUCUAAUGUGAUUAACGCAAGACCACAAUUCACUCAUUUUAACGGCACUCGAUUUUCAGCAUCUAAAGCUUAUUUAGAGCCAAUUAUGCAUCGACCAAACUUGAAAAUCUUAACCUUUUCUCGAGUGAAUCGUGUUAUAUUUGAUGGCAAGCGAGCGAUUGGGGUUGAAUUUAAUCGCCAUGGUUUAAAUCAUUUUGUUGCUACUCAUAGAGAAGUAAUAUUAUCGGCUGGUCCGAUUAACAGUCCAAAAAUAUUGAUGCUUUCUGGGAUUGGACCGAGGCAGUUAAUUGAAGAGCAUCGUAUGGAAGUUAUUGCUGACUUGAAAGGUGUCGGUAAAAAUUUAGUAAGUCCUUUGUGUGCUUUUUCACUUUCCUACAAAUUAGAGAAUGUCCCAAGGAGCAUAUUAAAAGAUCAAUAUGAUUAUGAUACAAUCAAUGAGUAUGUUGAAUAUGGAAAAGGUCGAUUAGCAACCACAGGAUAUGAUUCAAUCACAAUUGCUCAAUCCAAUGUCUAUGGGCAUAAUGACACUGGACAUUGGCCUGAUAUUGCGCUUCUUCUUUACUCAGGGGGAUUAGUGGCUGAUGAUGGUCUCUUUUUUCGUAAAAACAUUGGUCUCAAUUCUGAUGUGUGGGCAAAAGUAUUUGAACCAAACAUUAAAACACCUUCGUUCACUUUAGCUGCUUGUUUAGCACGACCUCGGUCAAGAGGAACAGUCAAUAUUAUCUCAGCAGAUCCUGAUGAUGAUCCUGAUAUUGAUCCAAAAUACAAUGAACAUCCAUCAGAUUUACAAUCUUUAACGAACGCCCUUAAGUUAGCAAAAAAUUUAGGCAAAACACGAGUGUUUAGAGACCUUGGUGCGGUUCCAUAUUCAGAUAAAUUACCAACAUGUCGUGAAUUUGCUCUUUACACUGAACCUUAUUUGGCUUGUUCUGCUCAGUCAUUAACGGUUCCCUCCGAAUAUAUCUCUGGGACCUGUCGUAUGGGCGAUCCAAAAGAUCCAUUUGCUGUUGUAGAUCAAAAUCUGAAAGUUCUAGGAGGAAUAAUUGGAUUGAGAGUUGCUGAUGCGUCGGUUUUCCCUUCACCUCCUGGAUUAUCAAGUGGGCCUGAGUAUAUGUUGGGUGAAAGAUUAGCUGAUAUAAUCCGAAGCAGAAGACCACCAAUUCAUCCUUAUACGAAUCCAAUUUAUACUUAAGAAUUCAAUUGUCAUUUGUUUAUCAUCCGAACGUUGUAAUUAUAUCCUUACUUCGCGCGAAAUUUCUUGACGGAUUUGGACCUAUGGAAAAAUUGAUACAAUUACUCUUAGCUGAACUAUCGAUCAACUGUAAAAAUUGAAAGAACGAAAUACAUUGUCAAAUAUAUAAACGUUUAAAAUUCGA